AUGCCUCCAAGAAAACACCCAGUGGCACAAUUCCACAACUCCCCCCUUACAAAGCAUGCACUCCGACACAAGUUUGCUGUUACACCGCAGAGCAACGGCAGUAAAACUUCACACCCUGAAAGCGCUAAAAGAAUUAGAUUACUGAAUUCAUCAUCAAAAGAUAAUACGACUGCUUUCUAUGGAAUAAAUCAGUUUUCUCACCUGUUUCCUGAAGAGUUCAAAGCUAUUUACUUAAGAAGCAUACCUCACAAACUUCCCAGAUACAUAAAAGUGCCAAAGGGAAGGGAAAAACCUUUGCCAAAGAAGUUUGAUUGGAGGGACAAGAAAGUCAUUGCAGACGUGAGAAAUCAGCAAACAUGUGGAGGCUGCUGGGCUUUCAGCGUUGUGGGUGGUAUAGAGUCUGCCUAUGCAAUUAAAGGAAAUAACCUGGAAGAACUCAGCGUACAGCAGGUUAUUGACUGUUCAUACAAUAAUUAUGGCUGCAGUGGGGGAUCCACUGUUAGUGCUUUGAGCUGGCUGAACCAGACAAAAGUAAAACUCGUGAGAGAUUCAGAAUACACUUUUAAAGCUCAGACAGGACUAUGCCAUUAUUUUGGUCAUUCAGAUUUUGGAGUUUCAAUAAGAGGAUUUGCUGCAUAUGACUUCAGCGGUCAGGAAGAAGAAAUGAUGAGGAUGCUUGUUAACUGGGGCCCUUUGGCAGUAACAGUAGAUGCGGUUAGCUGGCAGGAUUAUCUUGGCGGGAUCAUACAGUAUCACUGCUCCAGUGGAAGAGCAAAUCACGCUGUUCUUAUCACUGGUUUUGACAGAACAGGUAGUAUACCUUACUGGAUUGUACAGAACUCUUGGGGGCCUACAUGGGGAAUAGAUGGCUAUGUUCGUGUCAAGAUAGGGGGCAAUGUCUGUGGUAUAGCGGAUACAGUCUCGUCGGUAUUUGUUUGACACUGGCCAAAGACCACGAUUAUUACUUG